AUGGACAGCGCCAAGUUCUUCAAGCUCAUGGGCGACAGCGGCCUGACCGGAAAGAGCCUGACCCGCACGGACUGCGACCUCAUCUUCACCAAGACCUGCUCCAGCUCGGGCUGCGUGAAGAAGAUCCACUACGAUGCCUUCCGCAAGUUCGCGAUAGCCAACCUGGCGGCGAAGCUCGGGGCUGACGAGAGCGCCGUCAUGUCCAAGAUCGCCUCGGUCACCGGGGUGAGCUCCUCCGGAACGGUGGCGCAGGCCUCACGCUUCCACGACGACAAGAGCACCUACACGGGAUCGCACGCCGCCGGAGGACCGACGCACGUGGACCAGCGAGUGAGCCUGGAGAGCCUUGCCAACAGGGGCUCCGCCGACGUCCGUGGCGUCCAGGCUAGCGUUUACAAGCUCGAUCCGAACGCGGUGUACCGCCCUUCGAUGGACGGCAACGACGACGCCAGCAGGAGGCGUUCUAGCGGCUCCAUCGCUGCCGGAUCGGCGGUGGUGUCGCCCAUGAUUCCAAAUGCCGCGGCUCAAAACGCCGCUCCCAAGCGUGCGUCCAGGGGCUCCGUCGGAUCAUCGUCUGGGGGCACCGCGACGGGCGCUGACCGCCGCAAGUCUUCCCUGUCCGCGGCUGGAGGCACGAUCGCGGGUUCUGCCAACAAGAAGGGGGGCGUGUACGACCGCCUCUGCGACCAGAAGUCGUACACCGGGGUCUACGCGGAGCGGUUCAAGGGCGAGGGGGGGCGCAUCAACGGGGACACCGUGAACGACGGCGUGGCCUUCAGCGGCAACACUAACUCCGGCGGCGACCACGCCGUCCGCGAUCUAUCCCAAAUCUGCAACCGUGGCUAAGAGCGCGUAUGGCUGUAAAUACAACGGAGGAGGAGGAGGAGGUACAGCUAGCGCCUGCACUUACUUAAGAACCUGUAGGUGUGGUCGAGGAUGGGGUCCUUCGUUCCUAGGGAUACGCUAGAAAUGGCCGCUGUAUGUAGGAUUUGUUAUAAGGGCUCUUUAUCUGGGCUCGCAAACAGUGCUCAAGUCAUUCGAGGCUAUAUCAAUUUCUCAACUGCCGAGUUCUCUAGUGCGAACGCUAACCUGUAUGUGGUGGAGUUUCGACUCACGAGGUAACUCAGGAGGUACCACAAGAACAUGAUGGCCCUGUUGUCAACCGGUAGUCUUGACAUCACAGUCAGUCGCCUUAUACCAAACGUUGGUGUUGUUACCCCCCUGUUUCCUUCCAGUGUGCGCAAGGUCCAGCCGUGGACGAGUGGUCCGUCCGUUCUCUUUCGCUAUUGAAAACAACGCAGAGGUUUCCGGUCUUAUAACUGUUGUGGACGUCGUGGUGAAUCACAUGUACCUACUGUACACGUUGGGUAGU